AUGGGCGUUAUGCUGGCUUUGCACCAAAGAAUUGGCGCAGCCCACCUUAUUCCUCCGGGUGCUUUUCAUGUCCAGUUCGAUGACCUAAAAUUGAGCCAACGAGAUUCAACCGCCCAAGCCAUAAUCACAUCUCUACGCGUCAAAAAUGAAACGAUAUGCAGCCUAGCCAUUUUCACCGUGGGUGAUUUGAACACCAAGGUUGGAAUUAAGAUGGAGCUGCCCCCAAUUCCGGCUCCAGAUAGAGAGCGUGAGUGCGCCUGCUGGACUAACGCGUUGUUUUAUAAGCUGAACCCAGCUACCGCGAGUGCUCGGUACUACAACCCCAAGGAUGGCAAAAGUCCUCUCUGGGGUCCUAAAGGGGGCCAGACCAGUGGGGCAAGUUAA